AUGCCCUUCAGCAGCACCCACAACAAGCACAAGCUGAAGUUCUCAGCGGAGGAGGAGUUCCCCGACCUCUCCAAGCACAACAACCACAUGGCCAAGGUGCUGACACUCGCCCUCUACCAGCGCCUGCGCGACAAGGAGACGCCCAGUGGCUUCACCCUCGACGACGUCAUCCAGACUGGCGUUGACAACCCUGGGCACCCGUUCAUCAUGACGGUGGGCUGCGUGGCCGGGGACGAGGAGUCCUACGAGGUCUUCAAGGAGCUCUUCGACCCUGUCAUCCAGGACCGCCACGGCGGCUAUAAGCCCACCGACAAGCACCGCACCGACCUCAACCACGAGAACCUCAAGGGGGGGGACGACCUGGACCCCAAGUUGGAUCAUGGAGGAGGGUUCCUGAAGGGUACAUGGGCGAUCCCUGGUGUUGGUGGUGGUCCCACGGGUGGUCCCGCAAGGGCGUCCCUUGGAUGUCCCAUGAUGUCCCACUCUGUCCCCCUGCAGAUCGAGGAGAUAUUCCGCAAGGCCGGGCACCCCUUCAUGUGGACCGAGCACCUGGGCUACAUCCUGACCUGCCCCUCGAACCUGGGCACGGGGCUGCGUGGUGGCGUCCACGUGCGCCUGCCCAAGCUCAGCCAGCACCCAAAAUUCGAGGAGGUGCUGGGCCGCCUGCGGCUGGAGAAACCACCGGGGCGUGGGGACACGGGCGGGGUGGACACGGCGGCCGUGGGUUCCGUCUUCGACAUCUCCAACGCUGACCGCCUGGGCUUCUCCGAGGUGGAGCAGGUGCAGAUGGUGGUGGACGGCGUCAAGCUCAUGGUGGAGAUGGAGAAGAAGCUGGAGCAGAACCACUCCAUCGACGACAUGAUCCCGGCCCAGAAAUAGGGACCCCCCCAGCACCCCAAAACAGCCUCAAUAAA